UUCGGUCAAAACAUUACGCCGAAAUCGUAUCCUUCAAUUCGAACACGAAGCAUUUCAUCAUGAAGUUUGAACGGGCGGUUGUCUUCUGCAUAGCACUGGGGACCCUCGGAUCGUUGGCUUAUGGAGAAGAGGCAAAGACAUUCCCUGGUGCCUCAGUAAUCCUUCCCGCCGUGUUGCCGAUCAUCGGUACAAUCAUUCCCGCCCUUCUUCCAGGCGGACCUCCCCCACCGUCGCUGCCGGGGGUUUCCGUUUCCCAUGCGACGUCUGUGGCCACGUCGGGCAGCAAUGGACCCAUCGCUAUCAGCCAUAGCGGUUCGGUCUCGACCAGUGGGAACACAAAUGCUGGUGCUACUGCCACCACCGGGUCUUCGCUGAGCGCUCAGAGCAGUUCCGGGACGAGCAAGAAAUCCGUCACUACCUCCCCAAUCCCUGGAAUACUGAUGAGCAGAAGGUGGCGCAAAUUUUUCCAAAACCUCGGUUGACAUCAGCAGAAUCCAUGCAUCUGUCUCAAGCGAAUUCGCGCCCCAUGUUCUUUCAAAAUAAAUGAUUGGA